CAGUACUGUUUCUCUGUACAACUUAGGGAAGUACUGCAAUCAUUCAUCUAACUGGUUUCCCGUACUCUGUCUGAAUUUGUAAAGCGAAAACACAGAAAACCCAAAAGAUAAUGGCACGUCAUCAAGUUGUUGUUUUGGCUCUUGUUUGCGUUGCGAUUGCUGGGUUGGCGGCAGUCCAAGCUGAGGAAUCUCCUACGAGCUCCCCAGCCUCACCCGCCACUCCGUCUUCGUCGUCGUCACCUGCUUCGGCCCCCAACUCAUCGUCAUUGUCCUCAGCCCCUAAAGCCUCCGUGUCCCCUCCCAACUCAUCGGCCUCGAGCCCCCCAGUCUCCUCACCCAAGGCUUCUGCUAGCCCUCCCACCUCCUCUUCUUCCACACCUGCCGCCUCUCCAUCCAAUGACUCUGCCUCCUCCCCCGACAGUGAGGUCUCGUCUCCUCCCGCCCCCGGAGGCAAGUUCACCCCUGCAGAAGAACCCGCCUCUGGACCUGCUGCUGAUGAUGUUUCUGCCCCCGCACCCUCGGAAAAUAGCGCCACCGCCGCCAUCAAGAUCUCUGCUGCCGCUGGUGUAGCCCUUGUUGCCGGCUUCUUCGUCUUCUAAAUUAGCGAUCGAUUGACUAGCUGUAGAUGUUGUUCGUACAGAGUAAUUAUUUGUGCACGCACGAGCUUGUUACAUAUAUAUAUAUAUAUAUAUAUAUAAGUGCAUCUGUUUGCGAUUAAUUUGUGUUAAUUUUUUUGUUUUUAA